UCUUGAAUAUUUGCUUCUCGAUCAUAACAUGAAAAAAAGUUAAAAGACAAAUCGUGGGUGGUUUUUAGUGCUGAAAUUAGGAAUUUGUUUAUAUAUUUAUAUAGGUAGAGAAAAGAAAAAGGGAAAUAGAAAUGGUAGGUUAAGUUGGUGCCAUGAUUGGUGUUUCUACAACACAAAAUAAAGGACGAUGUCAACGAAGAUGAAGGGCCUCUUCAAAGGGCUUAGAUACAUUUCUCAAAUAUUUGAUGAUGAGCACGAAAAGGAACAAGACAUGCAGAUUGGGCUUCCCACAGAUGUAAAGCAUGUUUCUCAUGUAGGGUAUGAUGAAUCUAAUUCUAAAGACAAUGCUGAUGUCUCAGAAGAUUCAAAGAGAUCACAGAAGGGAAAGAAAUCCCAAGGAAAGGAGCAAGGUACAAAACCGUCGCGGCGUCGAUCAACAGAAAACAAUCCACUCGACGCCAUCAAGAAAACGCGUCGGAAGAAGUCCGAAGCAAACGAACACAAGCGCUCCAAAAACAAAUCCGCCGGCGGAGAUGCGGCGGAGACGCAGUUGGGUGAAGACUAAAAUAGAGUGGAUUGAUUCUAAACGGUGAUUAUAAUCUUGUUACUUUAAUUUCAUUUUCUUUAAACUUGGGAGGAUUUUCUUUAUUUUGGCUUCGAUGAAUCUCUUCGAGACUGAUCA